AUGGAUGAGAGACCGCCGAGGGUGCCGGUGACGACUGCCAGUGAAGCCACGGCGACGCUGACCCCGGAAGCUAUGAUGCUCCGGAUUCAGGACAGCCUGGCCGGCCAGCUGGACAUCAGCCAGAUUUGGGCCCAAAUUCUGGCUGGCGCGCAGCAUCCACUUGCUCAACCAGUUCAGCACGCCUUGCCGCAAGCCCUGCAAUUGCCAGCUCAAACGACUCUACCAAAUGACGGGGCGGACAUGUUGGUCUUGUUGCAGCAGCAGAUGAACACGGCGCAGCAACAAUUAGCCGCUCUUGCCGCUUUCCCCACCUACAAUCCCACAACCCCGGAUUCCGUUCUGCCGCCCUCGACGUCAAAGAUAAAUGGCUCCACCGGUCAAUCCGGCACCGUCCGGUCGUCCUCCCUCGAGACGAUGAGCCGCGACGAGCGCAUCGAGUACGAGGACCUCGAGCAGUUCGCCGCCCUCUUCAAGAAGCAGCGUAUCAAAUGCGGUUUCACCCAAGGCGACGUGGGCCAGGCCCUCGGCCGUCGCUACGGCACCGACUUCUCCCAGACGACCAUCUCGCGCUUCGAGGCGAUGAACCUGAGCUUCAAGAACAUGUGCAAGCUGCGUCCGCUGCUCAAGGAGUGGCUCACCGACACCGAACAGGCCAUCGCCAACGGGGCUACCGUUUCUGAUCUGAUCGACCCGCUGCCAUCCCCCUCUUCCGGCAGCCACCAACACCAGCAACCAUCCACCACUUCCGCUACCCAGGUGGUUAAUUGCGCAGCUCGAAAGUGUGCCCUUCCCACCGUAACCUGUUGUCGCCGUGACUCGUCCGUUUGCUCGGAGGCCGAGCUGUGCUGGUCCUCCGAUUCCGACACCGCCCCGAUCACGCAUGAGAUCUCCCUCUUCCAACCUCCCCUUAAUGCGCUGUCUCGAUCUCUUUCCUCUCCAGAUCUGUCUUAUAGCCCUCACAACCCUUUUAAAAUGGUAUAUCCACGCCAUUCUACACCUAACAACGCUUCAAUACCUCUCGAUGAGCCGUCCGAUUUUCACAUCGAAAAGGAUAUUUUUGAUCUUCAAAAGAAGCCCAGAAAAAAGCGAUUUGCCAAACUUCACAACAUGAUGGCCAGACUCCAUCUGCGGCAUCAAAAACCUGCCGAAAAACUACAAACUACGAGGCAGAACGGCUAUAACAGACCGAAUUUCGAGUCCAAACAACCGAAAGUUUUGCACCCAAUCCUACCGUACCCCUCCUUCCAGUCCCUCGAUUUGAUGGACAACGCAUCAGAUUCUGAAGUGAUCGGAAAAAUCAUCAGUUCUCCGGACAGAGAAUUGGAUAUAAGAUUAGAGGAGAACUUCCAGAAUCAAAUCCUUGACGGCAUAGAUCAGGUUGAAGAGGAGGUAGAGGAAGAGCCAGAUUCCGAAGUGCCCCGUCAAAUUCUAGGGAUUCUGGAAGAAGAACGACCUCUGAAUCCGAUCCCCGGUGACCAUAGCCUGUUAACGACCGACAAUCCUGAAGACGAGGAUCCUGAUUUGCAUGCGUGGACUAAUCAAAUCUGGAAUGGACAGGAGCGACCCUCCAAUGAAGAGCUGGGAGGGAGUUGUAGGAUGUUCUGGAAUCACGAUUCCUGGAAUGGUACCGAUUAUAACAAUGGGAUGACGUGGAGAGGUCGGGGAGGAGAGUGGGAGCUUCCAGGAUGUGGUCCGGAAAAUGAGGACAGCCUUCCGGAAUGGACUUCCACAAAUUCGGGGGCGAUCGAAUUCGGAAUUAUGGAUACGAUGGUCGGGGUGUUCGACGAGUUUCGUGAAAACGAGGCUUUUUAUCACCCUCGCGACGACAAAGAUGAGGGUGAAACCUCCGCUUCGGUGUCACCGUUGAUGUCUCCUGGGACUUCGGCCAGCACACCUCUAAAGAAGCGGCGGAAGCGGACGAACCUUGACAUGCAACAGCGGCAAGUCUUGGAUAUUGUCUUCAAAAUGAACCCUCGCCCUAGCCACGAGCACAUGGGAGAGCUGGCAGAUCAGCUGAAAUUGGAACGAGAUGUGGUCCGCGUCUGGUUCUGCAACCGGCGCCAAAAAAUGCGAAAAGUAGACGACCCACCGGCCGGCAUGUUCGACCCGUCCGUCCUCCAGAACCUCCUCGACCAAGCCGGCACCGGAACUGACUCACCCAAACGGGAAAAUUCCGAAUCCCCGGCCCUGGAAAUCGACGAGGGGCCG